AUGGAAAGUCAUCUAAAGAUUUAUGUUCAUGCGGCAUUCAAUGAGAUUGAAGUAAAAAGGGCUGAAGAGCGAAAAACUGAAAGAGAAAGGCGACUGGCUGAAGAAGCUACACGGAGAAGGAAAAGUAUUAUUGAAGAAACUCAAGAAGCAGGUGGUUCUUCAGGCCAAGUCGAUGUGGAAAUGGUUGAAGCUGAAGCAGAUCCUCUGGGAUUCGUGCUUGUUGGUGAGUCCUCUGAAUCUCUUGAUCUUAAUGAUAUUCUUCACCGAGUACAAGUCUUGCAGAAGAAAAGGAAAGCAAGAGAAGUGUUAAUGCUGAAAUGGAAAGAUGAAGAAGAAGUAGAGGAAGAGACUCCGAAUUUUAUUCUUGUUGGUAAAGCUUCUUCGGUACCUUACAGCAUCAAAGAAAUUGUUCGCCAAAUCAAGGUCAAAGAAAGGCGAAGAGAAGCUAAGAUAGCUCGUGGUGAAAUUGUUGAUGAUGAUUCUGAUAUAGAAUGGUUUGGUGACGAAGAAGAAGAUGAAGAUAAUAAUGAUAACGAUGAUGACAAGUCUGAUAAGAAAGAUGAUAAGGAUAACAAGAAGGAUGAUGAUGAUCAGGGUGCUUCUGGGUUACUGGAGGAUGAUUUACAUCAUGAAGCCUCGACAUCUGGAAAACAACAUGCAGAUCAGGUAUUCCUUACGAAUCCAACUGUUAUUCUCUUGCAUGCUCAACAUGAGGGGGAGCUCGAGGUUUCGAGAUCAAGGGCAGAGAUGUUAGAGGAAUUGGGGUUGAAUGAUGGGAAAUUUAAAUUUGAUAUCGAAGAUGAAAUUCCUCAGUCACCGGAAAAGGAGUUUGAGUUCAGUUAUGCUCAUGAAGCUGAUCACUACAAUGAUGUUAUUGUUGAAGAUGCUUCAGACUCUUCUGAUGAAGAAACUGAUUUUCAUUAUUCUGGAAUUGAUGAAAUAUUUCCUUCGUUGACAGAAAUGUUCAAGGAUCGAAAUGAAGAUGAGAUUAGAAGGAAAAUUGUGGAAAAGGUUUCAACUAAAGGUGUUCCAGAAACCAUUCCAAGAGAAAUUUUAGCUGAAGAAAGAAAGAAGUGGUUCAAAGUAAUGCCCAGAGAAAGAAAGUCUCUCAGGGCACUUCAGUUCUUUACUCACAGCAAAAACAUCUCAUGGGGUGUCAUUCUAUCAUGGGGUUAUCUUGAAGAUCUCCAGGUCUAUGCCAUUAGACAGGAACAGGGGGUACAGUAUUUUGAAUUUCUGUCAGACAUAAGGACCCUCCCAUGGUGGGACGUAGAUGAGUUGGUCAAGACAAAGAAUAUCAAGCAGUUCUACCAUGGUUUGGAAGUAAAAUAA